UCUCAUUACCACCACCACCACCACGUCAAACGCAAUACGUACCCGUGCUUAAGUGAUCAUUGUACGUCAAAUUUGAUGUGAUUGACCGUUUUAAAUCUCCGGCUGCACGCUUCACUCGCCUAGCCAGUUGCUGCAGCAACAGCAGGAGCACACAUAAAUGAGAAGCAAUGAUAACUUUACCUGCUGAAAUUCUACUGCUUUGCUGCAACUCGUUCCACGCCUAUGACCACGCUGUUCUAUUCGGAUAACCGCUCCCUGCAUUAUCUCCAUCGACUGCAAUGCUUAAAUAUGCAGUCGCACUCCCUGCCAAGAAAUAUUAAUUGUGAAGAUGAACGAUGCCAAUGCACAUGACUGGCGAAUUGGCAUGUCGUUAUGCAACAUUUGACACGGGGAUAUCCGUUUGCGGUCAUAAAAUGCCAACCAUGAAUCAGCAUUCGUUUCUCAACCCUGCAGGAAGACAUUGGUAAGAUUUGGCUGGCUGCUUAUUUUGACUCCCGAUGAGCAGAGCGAGACACUGGUGUAGCAAUGGCUUAGUCGGGCUGCAAGGUUGGGAUCUCCAGCGAGGCAGAGGAAAUUCAAUUGUUUAUGUGUAGUCGAUAUGGCACGAGUGGCGAUUUGCUGACAGCGGCAAGAUGUGGAACAAGGUCAAAUGUAGAUGUAGGAGUGGAUCUUCUAUCCGGGCUGUCAGCCGCAGUGAGGAGCAUCCGUGUUGCUUCCUCCCACGGGGGGCUGGCUGGCUGUGCGCGAAGCAGCUUGCCAGGUGAAGGAUGCCCAUGAAUUAUUCAGACGCAUGCAGCAUCCGAUCGUCGUGGCAGACAAUAAGGAUCUGGGGGUUGUGUGGUUCCUCCGUGCACGAGGUGAGGGAUGGAGACUAGAGAGUUGGCUGUGGUCGCUGGUAGCUUUGUAGGUUUCCAGUUCUUCUUCUCGGUGGCCAGUCCUUUACUCUCUUCAGCCAUCUCACCAUGUUAUCGAUUGCUGCCUCCCACCAAGCACACAGAGUGGAACUCACGGUUGGUGUCGACGGUUCACGCUCUGAUCGUGGGAUUCUUUUGUUUGUACAUCUUAUGCUUCGAUGAGGCCGUCAACACCAAUCCUGUCUGGGGGGACCCAAGUAUGGUUAAAUUAAAUGUAGCUAUUACCUGUGGCUACCUACUAUACGAUUUGUUGCUGCUCGCAUGUAAUUGGAGCACCAUGGGGGACAGAUUUUUUGUUUGUCACCACCUGGCGGCGCUAUAUGCAUAUGGUUAUGUGCUGACACGCGGCGUGCUGCCCUACUUUGCCAACUUUCGUCUCAUUUCUGAACUAUCCACACCUUUUGUGAAUCAAAGGUGGUUCUUUGAAGCAUUAAAAUACCCCCGCUCAAACAGAAUGGUCGUGGUAAAUGGCGUCGCGAUGGCCGUGGUCUUCUUCCUGGUGCGGAUCGCCGUCAUGCCGUCCUAUUGGGCAAGCGUAUUUGCCACAUUUGGCACUGAAGACUUUGAGCGCUUGGGCUUGGGUGCCCAGGUAGCCUGGAUCACCUCCUGCGUGGCCCUGGACAUCUUGAACACUAUCUGGAUGUUUAAGAUCACACGAGGUUGCUACAAGGUACUGGCCGGAUCCAAAGCGCCGAAAGAAAAAGAGGACAAGAAAAAGCAUGCCAACAACCACACGGACUGAACGAACAGACAUUUGCAAACUCGGAGGGAACGGCUCCACCCUCAAAAACCUGAACCUCAGCCCUCGAUCUUCCUCAAGUUGGCCAGUAGAAGGGGCUGUAAGUCCUCAGGUUGGAACCCGAAGACGAGACAUGGGGACUCAAUCAAGCACCAGCCUUCGCAGCCUCAGCGGCAGAUUAGCAUCCUGCUGCUUUUUGUUGCAGACGAUGAGCUCACGAGCACAUUUUUAACCCCUGCCGGCCAUUUUUUUUUCACUGCUUUCAUUCUCCUGACCUCAUUUUUUAUUUUUUUUUGCGUCUCCUCUCACAUCAGCCAAAAGCCCAAUCCUCUGAAGUGCCUGUGAACGACAGGAAAAGCAAUAGGCUAAUCACGCUUCAAUUGAAUCACAAUUAAUUGUUCGAUCCUUCCCACUAUGCUGGCCCUUUUCUAUUUGCAGGAGAUGUAGCACUUGAGGCCCCCUACGUAGUUUGUGAAUUGACAGGGCUCUUGUCUUAAACACACCAGACCUCAAGUAAAAAAAGGAACAACACCGUAAUGCCUCGUCUACAGUGUUUCCUGCUGUGGCCAUUUUGUACCAGUCACCAGUCAUGGCCCUCAUAUUUAAACCAAUUGGAUAUACCAAUUUAAAAAAAAAAAAAAAAAACAACGUCAUGUAUCAGAGCAUCACAGCAGACAUUUGUAGCUUUUUUAAGCCCUCUUUGUGCUCUAAUUUUUGUAUAGCUUCAAGCCAUGGACAGUCGGUUCGAUUUAUCACAUCAUUUGCCUCACUGGAUUGGGCUUCUCUGUCCAGCCUGAACUUUCAUUUUAUUUCUUUUUGUUCUACCUCCAUGUUUCAUCCUCCCCUUGCCUUACGACAUGAGCAAGCUUUUUUUUUUUUUUUUCCCCUCCCCCCGUCUCGCUACUGUGAAUGUCGUCUUUGAAAUGAUAUCGUGGGUGAUAUCACCAGUUGAGAAGGCCUCCGAGCUUUUCUUCACCCGUCUCUCGAGCCAACCAUCUGUAAAGGUUGUCCCAGCCAGUGGCAGGAAAAAAAAAAAAAAAAUGUGCUGAAGGAACCGGUGCACUCUGGAAGCUUUUUAUACAUCCAGGUUUCAUCUCUCAGUAACUCUGAGUAUGGCUGAACUUUGUUUUUCUCUCCAAGUUUUAUAUUAGAUGCCCUACUUCUUUUUUUUUUUCAGAGGGGGGGGGGGGGCAAUUUCACUAAGCAAUAUCAUUUCUUUUAGAGUUCCUCAAUAUUCUUUCAUCUAAAACCAAGUCAAACUCUUAAGAAUUCCCUCACAGGCAAUGUGGCAUUCAGCAUGUUGGUAUUUUUCUUUCUGUAAAGCAUGAUAGCAUUAGCCUCAUUCCCACUAAAUAGUAUGCAGCACUUAGUAGCAUUCAAAUCGCUAAAUCCAGGCUUGGAGUUUGAGCUACAUCCAACCAGGCAAUAUUAUUCUGCUCAAUGAAACCCUGGCAUUGGAACAAGAGCUGGAAAUUUGCCACUUAAUUAAAAAAUAAAAUAAAACAAAGGCAGUACUGCACAGUGAAGUGUGCUGACAGUAGCCAUAAACAAGCAGCACACCAUUUUUAUCAUUUUUUUAUAAAUGGCGCUUUCAAUUCAUUCCAUUGUAACAUGAAAAGAACUUCCAAGACAUCAUCACCGCCUGGGACUUUUUUUUUUUUUUUAAUGAAAAUGCAUACAGCCAAGUGGAAAUGAGGCUCUCGCUAUAUUUGUGACGCCUUAGAGGAAAAAGUCAGUAUAGAUGAACGGCAUCUAUACGCAAAUUGCACCUUGAACAUAGUGAAUGCAUGUACUUGUAUGAUUCCUUUCAGCUCGCCCUUCCCCCCCCCCGCAUGUCUUUCUCUCCACGCACAGGUAGCUAAACUUUUGAGUGGCUCAUCGAUGUACAUGUGAUUUCCCAUUCGACCGGGCCAGGCGUGGACGUCCUCUUGCAUGUUUCCUUUUUCUACAUACUAGAUCUAUUUCUCAGUGGAUGGACAGUGGGAGAACUUGUUUUUGCUGUAGAACUAAAAAAAAGAGAGAAAAGCACACUCCCCGUGGAGCAAUAACUCUUGACCUCCUGGAUUUUCUGUCCGUCACCACAGAGGAGAGGCUGACACAUCCGGUGCCUUUUACAGAAACACGGACUCACAUUUUUUGAUAAGCAUGAGCUUUCUAAUAUCCUCUGAUAUGAUUGUCAUUUAUGUACUCCUCUGUAUUCCACGUGUAUACUCGAUGUAUAUUUUUAUAAUAUGCCUGCACAAUGAUUAAUCCGGCCAAGUAUUAAUAUAAUCCAAAGAUGAUCAGGGAGGUUGUCAUGUGAUUGUUGUGUUGGCCUCUUCACUACUGGCACGGACGGCCACAUCACCAUGAAUGUUGUCAUGAGCGGCAUUAACGGCGUGAUGAGGAAUGGAAUAUUUAUUUUUGGGACAUGAGGUAAUGAAACGGCAGGCUAACGUCUCACUACGUUAGCCUCCUCAAAGCUGUGAACUCGUAGCGGUGUGUGGAAAACUACAAACGGAGAUUUCCCCAGGUGAUCUGGACAUGUUGUGGGCAGGCUGGGAUUUUGGCUUGUGCACAAAGUCAAACCAGAUUUGCUUGUUAAUUGACUGGACUGUUGGAACUGUUGUCAGGGUUUUUCUUUAUUUUCUUUUGUGUUUUUAAUAUCAAACAGCUGUUGGAACUGGUCAAAAAUGAAUUGUUUUCCCAAAAGGCUGCUUAUGAUGUUAACUCAUUGACUACCAUUGACGGUCAUAGACGUCAAAGAUGAACUGGAUUGGUAGUGAAUGAGUUAAGUGUAUGUACUUGUUUUAUCAGGUUUAAAAACCACUUUGCCUUUAUUAUUUUUUGGGGGGGAGGCCAACGUUGUAACCACAUGGGAGAUAUCGUAAGGACUGUAUAAUGCAGUAGAUGGAAAAUGAAUUGGACACUGCACCGUUCUAAUUUUUGAUUAUUUCGGCUGGAUGCUAAUUGACUCCAUGUUUGUUUUUGUCUUUGGCUUAAUAAGGUAGGUACUUAAAUUAUCUUGAGAUUUUGCCUGUUUUUUAAAACAAUUUUGUUUUUUUGUCUUCAGUGGAUGACAUCGAAUGACUUGAAUUACAAAGUCGCAAUCAGGAUGUUUGUAAGAACCUCGGAAAUAAUCAACCCUCUUACUGGAAAUAACAGACAAAUCAAUUUAACACUUUUAACAACUUGCCAUUGUGUCUUGUUUUUUCUUUUUGUCUCAUCGCCUUUUUUUAAUGGAAUGCCUUUUGUUAGUCUUUUAUUUGUUCCUCCAGACCUUUUUUUUUUUUUUUUUUUUUUUCGGUGAGCCAGCCGAGACCACACAGAGUCUUUUCUGGGAUUCCUUUCUCGAUGACAUAAACAUGUAAUGGUUGUUAUCAACAAUAACCAUGUACAUAAUUGUGAGAUGAAAACAUGAGAUUUACUUGAAAGUGUUCUUCAAUAAACUUGAAGACAAAAACUAA